GGACAACUUCAGAAACACCUCUUCACCCCAAAUAUCGUAGCUGAGUUAUGGAGACACCUCGAGAAGAUCGAUAUGGUGGGGCCGCUGCUCAUCAUGCGCACUCUGAACCCCCUUGAAAGCUACGGAGUACCGAGUACAUAGCGUGGCGGCUGAUAGUGGAGAUGGAGUCCAGCCCCAGCCAUCACCUUGCACGACGGAGUACCUUGAGUGUUGCCACGAGGGUUCGUCCAAUGUGAGUUUCUACGAGGACGGAGUACCCUUGGCUCACACGUCUACGGAGUACUGUAGCUACUUAGACCCAGUCGCGACGGCCAUUGCCGAGGGUUCCUGCAUAAACAUGCUCACACAGGCCUUGCUCAUAAAGAGAGCACAUCCUUUGACUUUUCUCACAAACAUUUCAUUCCUCGAUCAAUCCAAUUCAAUCACCCAAGUCGUCAGGAUAAAACAAAACCAGUUCACCCUAUCAACAUGAUUGCUCAAUCGCUCCUCGCGCUCCUCGCACUUCCCCUCCUCUCAUCUGCUCAUUUCGAGCUCUCUUUCCCCCCUGCGCGAGAUGACGAUGACACAAACCAAGGAACGUGGCCAUGUGGUGGCCAUGACUCUGUUUCCGAACGAACCAGUGUCUCACUGACUGGUUUCCCUGUCUCAGUCGAGCUCGGCCACACCGAGAACCUGUUCCAAAUCGUACUUUCUAUUGGCGACGAGGGGGACAACUUCCAACACGUUAUCCUGCCCACGAUUCAAGAAUUUGGCCCUGGAGACUUCUGCUUGCCUAACGUGGAGAUUCCUUCCGACCUCAACAUCACUGAUGGUACAAAUGGAACCAUUCAAGUCAUCACCAACGCCCACAGCGGUGGCGGUCUUUACAACUGUGCCGAUAUUACUUUUACAUCAACAGAGCCCGAAACUCCAUCAUCAUGCACAAAUGGAACAGGCAUCUCUGCCGUCCCUCUAGCAGCUGAUGUGUACACCAAUGCCAACGAAACUACCGAAGACCACGAUGGACACGGUGAUUCCAGCGCCAGCGCAUCUAGCACCGACUCUGCCCCUUCGUCCACGGCUUCGGCCACAGAAAGCGCUGCGCCCGCAGAAACUGGAAACUACGCCAAUAUGCUCACCGCUGGUUGGGGUGUUAUCGGUGCUGCAGUUCUUGGCGCCGUUGCGCUUUUGUAAACUUGAUGUCUGAUCUGCCAAAAGUCAUAGAGACGAAUUAUUUGCAUGAAGAUUAGCCUUUAUGACAGUGUUAGCAUGAUUUAUUCUAAUUACACGCCGCCCAUCCAGAAUGCGGUGGUCUUGGAAGUCAUGGGCAAGAGCCAGUGACAUUGCACGUGGUUGAUAUUUGACUCUGAUUCUUCCUCAUCGAUCGAGGCACAAAUACAGCUGCCAUGGUAGGCAAGCUCUGCUUAUUUAGGCGACUCUCCUAGGUUGGGUGAUAUCCUUUCUAUCAGCCUCGUGCAUGACAACUUCUCUCUGGGAUACUCCUCACUUCUAGAGGUAUUUGUAGGGUAGACUCGGGCAUUCCUAUGGGGAUGAUUAGGCUAUCAUGUGACUUGACAGUGUAGAAUUGUUAAGGAGUGGGAUGGCGGGCAUGUAGGUAUACUGGACAUGUCCCGAUGUAUUACUUGUAUAUUACUCCCUGCUGCCUGUCUUACUUCCGUAUUACUUCCGUAAUCGGAGACGAAGGAUUGGAGCAUAUUCACGUAUGAGGCGAUCAUUAUUACACCCAUCUGUCCCCCCUACGCAUCAUCCUGUUAUCAUCCUGUUUCUCCAAAUGCCAACUCCAACUCCAAACGUGCUGAGGGGCAAGUUCGGUCGCUAUUAACCCGCGAUCGUGGGGUGAGAGAGGGGCCGAGAGGCGUU